AAGAUGUCUGGGGAGGAAGAGGAGGAGUUCUACUUGUUCAAGAACAUCUCCUCGGUGGGGCCGUGGGAUGGGCCUCAGUACCAUAUCGCACCCCUCUGGGCCUUCCACCUCCAGGCAGCCUUCAUGGGUUUUGUCUUCUUUGCGGGGACACCGCUCAAUUCCAUGGUGCUGCUGGCCACACUGCGCUAUCGGAAGUUGCGGCAGCCGCUCAAUUACAUCCUGGUCAACGUGUCUCUGGGGGGCUUCCUCUUCUGCAUCUUCUCGGUCCUCACCGUGUUCAUCGCCAGCUGUAAGGGCUACUUCAUCUUCGGCCCCCUUGUCUGUGCAUGGGAGGCCUUUCUGGGCUCGGCUGCAGGUCUGGUGACAAGCUGGUCACUGGCCUUCCUGGCCUUUGAGCGCUAUGUCGUGGUCUGCAAGCCCUUCGGGAGCUUCCGCUUCAGCUCCAGGCACGCGCUGAUGGUGGUGCUGGCCACCUGGAUUAUGGGUGUUGGGGUCUCUAUCCCACCCUUCUUCGGCUGGAGCCGGUUCAUCCCUGAGGGUCUGCAGUGCUCCUGUGGCCCUGACUGGUACACCGUGGGCACCAAGUAUCACAGCGAGUCCUACACCUGGUUCCUCUUCCUCUUCUGCUUCAUCGCGCCUCUCUCCCUCAUCUGCUUCUCCUAU